CGUUCGUCAGAAACAAAUUGUUUGAAAUAUUUAAACAUCUUCACUACCCGAGCUUGCCUUAACUGAUAAACACUCCAAAAGUAAGAUCUUCCUUUAUUACUUGUGCUGCUGUUGGCAAAAUACUUCGAAAUUCGUAAAUUUUGAAUAAUGGCUACUCCGACUAUUGAGGUUUUCAGCUUCAACAGAUGCAAGAGUCAGCAUGUUGUUGAGUAUCAAACCUAUGACAAGUCAUUGUGCUGUCUUUUUAUUGGUGAGCAUAUUGUUGUUGCUGUAACAGUGCCAGGGUUAAUAGUAGAAGUGGAGAAGUUGUCGGAAUUUAAUUCAAAGCAUCAAUCAAAAACCUCAACGAUAUUCUAUCAAAAGCAGUUACUUGUUUAUAGAUAAAGAUUAUAGAGUUGGAC